AUGUCGGACCCAAAAGAGACUUUACUUGACAACUGGAUAUUGUUUUUUUUAGCUCUUAAUCCUACAAAUUUUCACUUCUGUUAUAAAGGCGACUUGGCCAAUGCAGUAAGGACCAAUGCCCCAGACAUUCACUUUGGAGUGUAUCACUCAUUGUUUGAGUGGUAUAAUCCUCUUUAUUUACAAGACAAAAGUCGUGGAUUUCAAAGCAACGAUUUUAUAACGAGAAAAACUUAUCCUGAACUCGUUGACCUGGUCAACACUUAUAAGCCAGAGGUGAUUUGGUCCGACGGUGACUGGGAAGCUCAUGAUUGGUAUUGGAAUUCAACAGUCUUCUUAGCUUGGCUUUUCAAUGAUUCUUCCGCCCGUCAAAGACACCGUUGUAGUAAAAACGAUCGAUGGGGAAUAGGGACAACGUGCAAACAUGGCUCAUACUAUUCAUGCCAGGACCGUUACAGCCCAGGCGUUUUGCAAUCUCAUAAGUGGGAGAACGCUAUGACUAUUGACAGAGCAUCCUGGGGAUACAGGCGCAACGCUGCUGCGUUAGAUUACCUCACCAUACAAGAGCUCUUGAGUCAGCUGGCGUCAACUGUUAGCUGUGGCGGAAAUUUAUUGGUCAACGUUGGACCAACACAUGACGGCCGCAUUCCUCCUCUGAUGGAAGAGCGUCUGCGUCAGUUGGGUUCUUGGCUGGACAUCAACGGAGCUGGGAUCUAUGAAUCCCGGCCCUGGAAAGUCCAGAAUGACACUGGCACUCACGGCGUUUGGUAUACUGCCAACAAUGACAAGAUUUAUGCCAUUGUUCUCCAGUGGCCUUCAGACAAUACUUUACUACUGGGUUCUGCGGUACCAACACAACAGACAACAGUGACCAUGCUUGGUUAUAAUGGCCCAUUACAGUUCGCUCCACAGAGUCCUGGCAUGAAAGUCACCUUCCCUGACAUGUCAAAAGUCAGCAGCCAAUGGGCGUGGGUGCUGGAAUUAACAGGAGUUAAUCCAGCAUAACAAUAUUAUUCGCUUGUUCCUCUCAACUGAAGAGUGAAAUCAUGGAGUUAUGCUUGAGAACAACCAAAGUAAGCAGUUGUUGAUGACGUCGUACAUGAUUUUUCACCAGUAAAUUUGGAUUAAUUGUAUCAGAUAAUUCUCUUAGGAACUGCAAUAAAUUUAAUGUUAAAACUGUGAUCCAAAAUCA